AUGUCGACCUCGCUCGGACCGCAAAGGAGUGGGCAACCAUUGCGCCCAGUGACUCCGUUCUUCAGUGAGGGCGAUGCCAGUGAUGCAAUCAGCGAAGCUUCAGCCUCGCAGAGACUACAAAAGUCGUCGCCAGGAUCGCCCGCCGGCGUGCACUCACCAACAUCUCUCACAUCAAACUCUGCCCAAAGACGUGGCAGCAUUGUCAACGUCCGUGCGGAGUUUAUAAAGUCUCGUAAAGAAGAUGAGCCAGAAAUAACGCACACUGGGAAAGAGAAGUAUCGCAAGAUCGGCAUCGAUGUGAUGACGAACAGCUAUAUUUCGAACCUGAUGGCUGCGGUCGUUUUGCUGGAUGCUUACUGCACCUGCGCAGACAUCGAUGCGAGAGCCGCUGGGGAAGACCCCGCGCUCGAGCUUGCGAUUCUCUCAGAUGUUUGUCUGGGGCUCUACACCUUGGAGCUUGUGGUGCUGACCUGUCUGCAGGGUUGUUCUGUCUUCAAAGACUGGCUCGCUCUCCUGGACCUUACUAUUGUUCUGUGCGGUUACUUGGAGCUGUUGCUGAACUUCCUGGCACCAGGCGAUAUAGUUGGAAACCUCGGCAUCCUGCGCGCAUUGCGGCUUGUCAGGAUCGUUCGGCUGAUGAGGCUUCUGCGGCGGAUACGUGCCCUACGAGAGCUUCACAAGCUAGUGACAAUGAUGGCUACGUGCCUGAAAGCUUUGCUUUGGUCCUUCGUUUUCUGUUUCGGCAUAAUGACCGUUUGGGCCAUGCUCAUGGUAGAGAUUGUUCACCCGAUCAUUCGCGAUAUGACCUUUGAGCAGUGCGAUGACUGCAGCACAGCCGUAGCAUCUGUAAUGCGUGCCAACCUGCUGCUGUUCAAGACCGUUAUUGCAGGCGACAGUUGGGGUGAUAUUGCUGUGCCGGUUAUUGAAUCCAAUCCCUAUACAGCCUUCAUUUUUAUGGGGUCACUGCUGACACUUGUGUUUGGCGUAUUGAAUCUCAUUGUUGCCGUAGUUGUAGACACAUUUGCAGAAGCUCGCGAGCAAGAUGUGUUGAACCUGGCACAAGAGAUGGACCAAAAUGUGGAAGACGACAGAAAGAACCUCCAAAGGCUUUUCAAUCGGAUAGAUGCCGACGGAAGUGGCCGUUUGACACUAGACGAGCUGAUAGAGGGGGCCCGCAGGGAUCCCGAGCUUCAGAGCCGAUUGCGUGUCAUGGACAUUGAUGAAGUGGACUUACAGCAACUUUUCGAAAUGAUCGAUGUGCACAGAGAGGGUGCAGUCGAGGCACAGGAGUUCAUCGCGCCACUCAGCAGGUGGGUGCAUGAUUCGAAGACGGCCCCUCGAUUCAUCAAGUACAACAUGGUUCGAACGAUGCAGAACCAAGAAGAGCUUUUUGACCUAUCUCGCGACUAUUUCGAUUUUUUGGCCAUGCGAGUCGACAGCCUGUCGGAAAGUCUGCAGAAACUUACAGCGGCCCAAGGGUUGCAGACUGGCGGCCAGCCUGCAGCCCAGUCCGAGAUGUCCGAGCACCAGACGUGUGAUUUGGACCAUGGGAUGGCCGCCGGUGAGGGAUGCAUCGAGGCCCCAAACGCCUCUGUGAAGUCUCAACCACAAUUGCUUGAAACUCCGACAGAGCCAGCUGUCGCCGGCUUGCGAAAGGAACAGGACCCCCGCAACAGCAAGGACGCCUGUGCCGGUAUGAACCCAACGAGUUCCCGCACAGAGUCAACGACUCUGCAUAUAGCCGAUGCGAUGCAGACCUUGGAGCGAUUCGUUCACAAGGCCACAGAAGAAUCGCUGAGGAAGACUGUGACGCUGAUUGAGCAAUCCCUGCAGGGCACAAAUCUUGACGAGCUGCUGCACAGAUUCGAACGUCCUCAUUGGCCUCGUGCCAGACACACCCGCAGAUCUGAUCGACGUCUUGACGAUGAUGGCCUGGAGCGCGUCGAUCGGGUGGGGUCGUCCUCUGUGCAGUCCUUCUCUAGGCAGGAUUCCCCUGGCCGGGGCUUUGACAGGCAGCUGUCACCUGGCCGGGGCUUUGACCGGCAGCUGUCACCUGGUCGCUCAAGCAGACUCCGAUCUGAUGGACUUGGCCCAAGCCUUCGGCAAUCUGGGACUCUUGCCGGAUUCGCAUCCAAAGACAGACCUUCGUCCCAUUCGGACUCCCGAAGGACGUCGCUACAAGCUGGUGAGGCUAGGCGCGUUGCAGGAACCGCUGGGCACCGCAGCCGGACCAACAGUUCCGAAUCGUCGAUUAACAUGGGUCCGAUCGCGACGAUAGGAGCAGACUAG